CUAAACCUUCCUUAGGAGUUAAGAGGAGCGACUUUUGAUUGUCUCCUCUCAGUGCAUCUGCUAAAAUCUCAAAGAGUAAUCUCAGUACGGACUCUCUGAUUCGAGGGUGAGAGUGGUAGUAUAUAAAUCCUAGAUCGGAUUUCGAUUUCUGGGUUUCUUCAACUCCUUUCAGAGAUUUCUCUGCACAGAACGAACAAGAGAAAACUACACGAUGAAUAGAAACCCUAUCUUGGAUCCUACUCUUCAAGAGAUUCUUCAAGUGGUUAAACCCACACGAGCUGAUUGGGACAUAAGGAUCACUGUCCUUGAUCAGUUGCGUAAUGUCUUACAAUCCGUAGAAAGCUUAAGAGGUGCUACUGUUCAACCAUUUGGAUCCUUUGUCUCAAACCUCUUCACAAGAUGGGGAGACUUAGAUAUCUCUGUGGACUUAUUCAGCGGUUCAUCCAUAUUGUUCACUGGAAAGAAGCAGAAACAGACUUUACUUGGACAGCUACUUCGAGCAAUGAGAGCUUCAGGUUUAUGGUACAGACUACAGUUUGUAAUCCAUGCACGAGUUCCAAUUCUGAAAGUAGUGAGCGGCCACCAUAGAAUCUCAUGUGACAUUUCAAUAGAUAACCUGGAAGGGCUGUUGAAGAGCAGGUUCUUGUUCUGGAUCAGUGAGAUAGAUGGGAGAUUCCGAGACUUGGUUUUGCUAGUGAAGGAAUGGGCUAAAGCUCAUGAUAUCAACAACCCGAAGAACGGGACUUUCAACUCUUAUUCUCUCAGUUUAUUAGUCAUCUUCCAUCUUCAGACAUGUGUGCCUGCAAUAUUGCCACCUCUAGGAGAGAUAUAUCCUAGAAGCGCCGUUGAUGAUCUGAAAGGUGUGAGAAAAACAGCAGAGGAAAGCAUAGCGCAGCUUUCUGCUGCUAAUAUAGCGAGGUUUAAAGCUGGCUCAUCAAGAUCAGUCAAUAGAAGCUCCCUCUCUGAGCUUUUGGUCUCCUUUUUCGCAAAGUUUUCAGAUAUAAACUUGAAGGCCACUGAGCUUGGUGUUUGUCCAUUUACCGGAAGAUGGGAAAACAUAAGUAACAACACUAGAUGGCUUCCUAAGACAUACUCUCUCUUUGUUGAAGAUCCUUUUGAGCAACCAGAGAACGCAGCAAGGAGUGUGAGCCGUAAGAACUUGGACAGAAUAGCACAAGUAUUCGAGAUGACAUCUCGCCGACUCGCUACAGACUCUAAUAGAAACUCCAUCAUUGGAGUUCUAACAGCGCCACACAUAUCACAGUCUUUAGUCAGAACAACAAACCUCCAAAACCAUCAUCAUCAUGCAAACGGUGUGCGCAACAAUCCACAUAAUCUGCAAGGUCAGGCUAGGCCAUGGAACAACCAAAUGCAGCAGAACUGGUCACAGAACAACAACAUACAGAAUCCUCCGUACUGGCCAGGACCAGCACGGCCCCGGCCGCAACAGAAUUGGUCUCCGAACAACAACGCCAGGAACAUGCAGGGACAAGCACCUUACCGAGGCCAAAGGCCGUUAAUCACACAAACUCAAACAACGCCUCAGCAGCAGCAGAAGAGUCAGUAUAAGAACGGGAAACAACCAAUGACAAAUGGACCUUCAGGUUCUAGUCAGAAUCAGGGUCACAUUAAUGGAGUGAGCUAUGCAAGUGCAAGACCUGGUGCACCGAUAAGUCAAAGUCAACGUGGACAGAUGUGGAGGCCAAGAGGCUGAGUAGUAUUAUGAAAUUAUGAGUUGUGCAGGCUUGGUCCAGAGACUACCUUAACAUUAUUAUUUUGAACUAAUAUUGUAAUUUUUCACCUUGCUGAAAAGUUGUGAGUUUAUUUUUUCUUCUUCUAUGGAUCCUUUGCUCAAUCAAUGAUUAGGUAAAGCUUUACUCAGUAAAAC